AUGACGUCCCUGAAGAUGCUGCUGCUGGCCGCCCUGCUCCUGGGUGCCUCCCUGCAGCUCGGCCAUGCAGCUCGAGCUGCCAACGUGGGGCGAGAGUGCUGCCUGGAGUACUUCAAGGGAGCCAUCCCCACCAGGAAGCUAGUGCGCUGGUAUAGGACCUCGACUGAGUGUCGCAGGGACGCCAUUGUGUUUGAAACCGUGCAGGGCAAGCUCAUCUGCUCGGACCCCAAGGACAGGCACGUGAGGAAGGCAGUGAGACACUUGCAGAGCCUCAUGAAGCCACACAAUACCACCACCCUCCCUGGACCAUUCAGAGACUUCCGGCAUCGGCGUUCAGAAUCUCUGCCCCGAGCUGCCUGA